AUGACAUUGACGACGUUGUUCUUCUCUUACCUCGCCGUUCUCUUGCCGCUAACUCCGUCAAUUUCCUCCGGAAUCGACGUCCUCGGCUCGAUUUGCAACAACGGCACCGUCUCCGACGCGGAGGCUUAUCGGAGAUCUUAUCAGGUUAAUCUCGACGAGAUCCGAGACGAUAUGAGGAAGGCGAAGUUUGCGAUUCAUGAACACGGAGAUCCUCCUCAGAAGAUGUACGUUUUGGCUCAGUGUGUUAGCGAUCUCUCACCGGACGAAUGCAAUCUCUGUUGGCCACGCGCCUCCGAUCUCCUCUCUCAAUGUUUUCCGGCCACCGGUGGUCGGUUUUACCUCGACGGUUGUUUCAUUAGGGCUGAUAAUUACAGCUUCUAUCAAGAGCCUCUUACUCAUCAGGACACCAAGGUAUGUGCUAGUGACAAGGAGUGGUCUGCAGAAUUCAACGGCUUAGUAAAGGAAGUGACCGAAUCCAUUGUUGAGAAGGCUCCAUAUAGUCAAGGUUUCUCCGUGGCUCAAAAGGGAAACCGUGAUCUAACGGUUUACGGGUUGGGUAUAUGCUGGCGAACGCUAGACGAUGAGUUGUGCAAGCUAUGCUUAGCAGAUGGAGCUUUAUCGGUAUCUAGCUGCUUACCAUCCAAACAAGGCUUUGCCUUGAAUGCAGGCUGCUACUUGCGUUACGCUAACUAUACUUUCUAUAAUGAACGUGGAUUGAUUUCUAUGAGUUUAACGAAGGAUAACAUUGCGCAUAUGCUGGUCAUUUCUGUGGUGGGUGUCUUGGCUAUUGCAGCUGGUUUUUGGUGUGGAAAAUGUGUCUAUUUGCGAGCUAGUCAAAAGAAGAAGCUUAAAGGAACUAAGACUAAAAAGUUUCACUUGUUUGAACAUCUAAGGAUAGAGAAGGAGUCAAAGUCUAUACGUAAUAGCUCACACUUGAUGAGCUUUAAGCACUCAACUCUUGAAAGAGCAACNAAAAACUUCAGUGAGAGUUGCGAGCUUGGUGUUGGAGGAUAUGGUGAAGUCUUCAAGGGAACUCUGUCUGAUGGUAGAGAAAUUGCUAUUAAACGGCUGCAUAUAACAGGAAAGAAGCCACGGGAAGAGAUUCAUAAUGAAAUCGAUGUAAUUAGCAGAUGCCAACACAAGAACUUGGUCAGGCUCUUAGGCUGCUGCUUCACUAACAUGAAUAGUUUCAUUAUCUAUGAGUUUCUCGCUAACACAAGCCUCGAUCACAUCUUAUUUAACCCAGAGAAGAAGAAAGAGCUUGACUGGAAGAAGAGGCGGACAAUCAUCUUAGGAACAGCAGAAGGUUUGAAGUAUCUUCACGAAUCUUGGAGGAUCAUUCACAGAGAUAUCAAAGCAAGCAACAUUCUGUUAGACUUGAAGUACAAACCGAAAAUCUCAGAUUUUGGAUUAGCCAAGUUUUAUCCAGAAGGUGGCAAAGACAUCAUCCCUUCUUCCUCUCCCUCUCCUUCCAUUGCCGGCACGCUAGGAUACAUGGCUCCUGAGUACAUUAGCAAGGGAAGACUAAGCCAUAAAAUUGACGCUUAUAGCUUCGGAGUCCUUGUUCUCGAAAUAACGAGCGGUUUCCGAAACAAUAAAUUCCGAUCUGAUAACUCCCUUGAAACCUUAGUUACCCAAGUCUGGAAAUGUUUUGCUUCAGACAAGAUAGAGGAGAUGAUAGACAAAGAUAUGGAAGAAGAGACAGAUAAGAAAGAAGUGAAGAGAGUGAUGCAGAUUGAUCUUGUAUUACCCACUCCUACUAAACCACCUUUCCUUCAUGAUUCCUUGUAG